AUGGCACCGAAGUCUGUGUCGGAAGAGUUUGAGAACUUGGAGGCGCGAGAAAGCAAGCAGCCAACCUGCGAGUGCCGGAGUCAAUGUAACAACUGUAAAAUCUUCCUGGGCUUUUUCGUACUGUCUCUCUCAUUGCACCUUGUCACGCUUUUCUGCUACUUGGACUUGCGAUCAGAGGUGAAACGCGAAAUUUCACUGAAAAACAGAGACGACGUACUGUCAGGUGGGUCAACCGAGGUAAAUGAACUUCUCGCGCCUGAACUACGGCUCGUGGACACCAACUACCCGACUACGGACGAGCAGUCAGUCUGGAGUGAAGACCACACCCAGUUUGGAGAGGUGAACGUACUUCAUCGCACCAAACAGUCAAAUGGAAAUGGAAAAAAGAAAGAUAAGAGGAAAGGGAAAAGGGGCCCUCCAGGGCCUCCAGGCCCUCCGGGGCCACAGGGGCCACCUGGAAUACCAGGAAUUCCAGGGAUCCCCGGCAGUAAUGCUAUGGGACCGUCCGGGCCACCCGGACCUCCUGGACCUGCCGGACCUCCCGGCCCUCAAGGGCCCCCUGGACCCCAGGGCCCUGCAGGUGCUGAUAAAGGCAGACAGCGGGAUACUCAGCCUGCUGUGGUGCACCUGCAGGGCCAAGAGACCACCAUUCAGGUGAAAGAAGAUCUUUCAGAAGGCGUGUUGAGGAACUGGAGAAUGAUCUUCAUGCACCAGCGUGUCUUUAAAAUACACUCUCGCUCUGGCGAGCUUGAGGUCUUACAAGACGGCACCUACUUCAUCUAUAGUCAGGUAGAAGUUUACUAUCUGAACUUUACGGAUAUUGCCAGCUAUGAGGUGAUGGUGGAUAAAACUCCGUUCUUGAGAUGCACUCGCAGUAUUGAGACCGGCCAACGCAAGUUCAACACAUGUUACACGGCCGGCGUCUGUCUCCUACGAGCCAAACAAAAAAUCUCCAUUCGCAUGGUCUACGAGGACACUUCCAUAUCCAUGACCAAUCACACCACCUUCCUGGGGAGUAUUCGUUUAGGUGAGGCCCCGCCCCCAGGACACGCCUGAACCGACAGACGCCGACCUUAACUUCCAAGAUGGUGACGAUAGAAACCAUGUGCCCAUCAGCACGACCGAUCAACAUCUUCUGGAGGGAAGCUCCGCC